AAAAAGAAGCGUGCUUGCCCUUCUUCCAAGCCCCACGCCCCGUCCUCCGUGGGACGCCAUGUCUACCAGCAGUUGUAGUUUCAAGAACCGAUGCGUGUCCAUCCUGUGUUGCAAAUUCUGUAAGCAGGUGCUCAGCUCUCGGGGGAUGAAGGCUGUUUUGCUGGCUGAUACUGACAUAGACCUUUUCUCUACAGACAUCCCUCCUACCAAUGCAGUGGACUUCAUUGGAAGAUGCUAUUUCACAGAAAUCUGCAAAUGUAAACUGAAGAACAUAGCCUGUUUAAAAUGUGGGAACAUUGUAGGUUACCACGUGAUUGCUCCAUGUAGUCCUUGCCUUCUUUCCUGCAACAAUGGACACUUCUGGAUGUUCCACAGCCAAGCAGUUUAUGGUAUUAACAGAUUAGACUCCACUGGUAUAAACUCCCUACUUUGGGGUAAUUUGCCAGAGACAGAAGAGAACACAGAUGAAGAUGUGUUAGAUAUUUCAGCAGAAGAAUGUAUUCGAUGAAUGGAAUUAUGAUAUAUAAUAUUUUAUAAUAGUUUUUUCCUAUUUAAAAAUAUGUUAAUAGAUUAACUAAAAUUGCUAGUAAGGAUUUUCCAGUGAUUUAUUUUUUCUUUCCCUCUCUCUCCCAUUCUUUCUUCUUUCUUUCCCUCCUUCCUUUUGAAAGCUAAACUGGACCUUUGUUGAUUUAUUUAUUUGCUGUCUUAAAUUAAUUCCUUCCAUUUAAUUUAAAUCAAUAAAGUUUUUCUUUUCUG